UAGUCAGCAUUAAUUGUGCAGUUUAAGGAUGGACAUUUCGCCUUUUAUUAAUACGACGCACGACACGACGAAAAUAUCUGAAACAGUUUUCAAGGCGUCGGUGACGUCAUAUUUCCGUCCCAAAGCCAGAAAGAGCGGCUCACUCGACACGCGGGUUGCAUAAAGGUUCGAGCCCAGCCGGCGGCACCUUCGCAUUCGCAAAGAACACGCGGAAAGAAAUAAAACAAAGCCGCGAAAUCUCUACUCUCGUUUCUGGAGCUGUUUUCGUCCGCGAUGCGAUGAGGCGAGUUUUUAUUCUGGUCGGUAUCGCGCGCAUCAGCGCGGCUCGAGCAGAGCGAUCUAUCUAGCCAAUCCACUUUGGCUGAUCAAGUCAGCAGCACAAUAAUGGCUAUGGCAUCAUGGGCCACGGCAAAAUCAUCGCAGAUAAUACAAUUAUGACCGACUGCGACUGGGAGAGAGAUGCAUCAAAGCCGCGUGACAUCAUCUGAAAAUAGCGCCUCUUUUUGUGUCGGGCCAGGCCAACUCUCUCGCGCGCGCAUCUGCGUGCGUGUGUGUACAAGUAGAAAAUGACGCUGUUUUGCAGAUUGAAUUUUGUUUAGCGCGGUGCCACAUUCCGCUGAUAGGAUAAUGACGAUAAAUAAGCCAGCUUGUGGCACCAAACACUUUUCAGAUGCAUAAUUGAGAGCCGACCCAGCAACUUUCAAUGAUAAAAUUCGUUCGGAAAUUAUGUCAUCGCGCGCGCGGCGUUUCGUCCAUUCCGAACGUCUGCCGUCAUGCCCCGUGUGUCCAUCCUUCGCUACGUGAUCGAGCUGGCUAAUGCGCUCUGAUGCCGUAAAGCAGGCGUUGACAGCCGCCGUCCAUCCGUCCGAUUUGGCCAAAAGCGGCCGGAGCUGUCCACGCGCGCCGCGAACCUGUUUUGCAGAAAAAACGGCGGAAUCCGCCAGCCAGUACUCACGAGACUCGAGUGGGCCCCAGAUAAAUGCUAAAGGUGUACUCGGUGUGGUAUGGCCGAGUGGGAACGACCAACUCAAUCACGUCCGACCAGGUUCAGCAAGUCUUCAACGAUAUGGAUCUCUACCCUUCCAAGUCGCAGGUUUACGAGAUGCUGCAGUGCGCGAAGGAGUGCGCCAACCGCAGCACGGCAGCUUACCUCACGUUCGGCGAGUUCUGCGUAUUCGCCACCGAACUCAAGCGCUGCUAUGAAAAAGGCAGCAUAUCACGCCCGAUGCAAAUGUCGAGAAAAAACGGGGAGACCGAGGAGAAAAACAACAAAAGGAGAAAUAACAAAAAUUUGAGUGAUGAUUGUUAUGAUGAGAGCGUGCCUAAAUACGAGGUAUUCCUCGGCGGCUCAUGCAACCCGACAACCUGGCGACAGGACACAGCAAUACCCAUGCUGAAAAAACUGGGAAUCACUUUCUACAACCCACAAGUGUCACACUGGGGCCCCGAACUGGUCGAGUUGGAGUGGAAAGCCAAGCAGCACGCCACCGUCCUCUUCUUUGUGAUGGACAACGAGACGCGCUCAGUGGCGUCCCUGAUCGAAGCAGCUCACAGCGCCGCGAAGCAGCGGAAGCUGAUCCUGGUCAUCAGCUCGUACAAAGGGCCGGGACAGGAAAUCUGCGGCGAGUUCCUGUCGCAAAAGGAGUACGACGACCUGGCAGCAGGGCAAACGGUUUUACAAGACUUGGUCGAGCGACAAGGGAUCCCUGUUUUUGACAGCAUUCCUGUGGCGCUGAAUUGCACAGCUAAAAUAUUGAGAGAAAACCUCAGCGUACAAGACUUGAGCCUGAAGGAUUUUGCGCAGCCAGUGAAAAUGGCGCAUGUACAGCUUGGAGAUAAGUUGAUAAAAUUAAGGGAAACGUUUGACGCGCUAGACCACAACAGCUCAGGGCAGCUGAACCUGGCCGACGUGUGCAUGGCGUUCAGAAUACUAACCGGCAAGAAUCUUUCGAUGAAAGACCUCCGGAGUAUUGUCGCGAGUCAGAGAGGAGUUCUGGGAAAAGACGUAACCGACGUGCCUCUUGAGCAACAGUGCGUCACAUUCGAGCAGUUCUGCUCUAUCAUGGCUGAAUUCAAGAUGAGAGAAAGUGAGAAUCAAUAUUCAGGUUCACAUUUGUUACUGCGCCGCACGCAGCCCUCUACUUCCUCCUCUACAGGCUUUCAUAACCAGGGAGGCAAUUCCACCCCUACCACCACCAGCAGCAGCACGGCACUCGUGCCAGUCAGCUCGGGAAUGUGGGGGUGGAUGAAUUCGCUUGCAAAUCAAACAGCUAUGGUUCUGUCCGACUCUUUUUCUGGGCUCAUAGAAUGGGUAAUUGGACCGGCGUCAAGGUCGCCCCUUUCGCGUUCUCCGUCGAGCACAAACAACAUGUCCAUGAGUCAACCACCCAGCUGCCUGCGAGACGUCUACCUGGGCGGCUCGGUCAGCGACUCAAACUGGCGAGACGAAAUUGCCAUUCCUAUAUUUAAGAAAAACGGGCUCACCUACGUGAACCCGCAACGCAACUCUGGCAGCUGGGGUAGUCGGCUAGUUCCUAUCGAGGCUGCUGCUAUGGACGCCAGUUGGCUCCUCUUGUUCGUGAUCACCAAUAACUGCAGGGCCGUGGCAUCAAUGGCAAUGGCAUCUCACUACAUUGGCCUGGGUUGCAACAUAAUUCUGUGUGUACAAUAUCUUCCUGAUGACUGUGUAAUUGAUGGCGAAAAACUGUCGAAGCAAGCGAUAAAGGACUACAACAGGGGCCGCAUGUAUCUGUCCGAUUUGGCCAACAGGGACGGAGUUCCCGUUUUUGAAAACAUCACAGAGGCAGUUCAGUGUGCGGUGACUAAGUGCCUGAACCGAUGACUAUUCGACAUGCCGCCGUUGUUGAGCAAGAGUUGAAAAAAUAAACGCACCGCCCACGUUUUUUUACCUGUUGAGAAAGUAACAUUAACAUCGGACUACGGAUUUUGAAAAGGAGAGGAUUUCCCAACAAGUCACACAUUUUGAUGCCAUAUUUUUCAUCAUUUGCUAUUAGUUUGUAUUUGGAUUUUGAAUUUUUAACUGUACCUGACACCAUUGUAAUUUUACUUAAGAUCAGCUGCUUGCUAAAUUUGUCGCAACACCUCUGACUGUUUCAUAAGUUAAGCAGCCGUACGCAUAAUAAUUAUUGUUUGUUACUCAUUUACGACUCUUCGGAAGGGAAAAAAGGUUUGUCAGCACUCUGUGGCAUGAUUCAACAUUCCAACGAUUUAUUUCCUCCACACUGCGCGCACAGUCCGCGUCGAUAUGCAAGCGAGUGUAUGCAAAUUUACUUUAAAUGUACUUAUACCUCAGAUUAGUUUGUCCUCAUGCAUAAUUAUUAAUUAAUCGUAGUGCCGAUUUUCAAAAGGAAUCCGCCGAUCGGAACGAGCACGCAGAGGAUAGGGUAGCUGGCCGAAUGUAUCUUAAAAUAAUUUCAUAGGCGGGACAUAACACUGUAGGAAAGUUAGCCUAAGCAGCAGCAGCAGCAGCAGCGUUAGUUGGGCCAGAGCUAGUGGGCCAAUGUCAAAAUCGAGCGAUUGCUUUCACGUCCAACACAUGCAGUUUUAUGCAUCCUUGGCAUCUUUCUUAUUUCUGUAUAACAAUUUAUAUGACCAGUUUGUUGCUCUUAGAAAAUAACCCAGAAAAUGCAUUUUUAUCAUUUUAAGCGUGUAACUCAAAAGGUUUUAUUUUUCUCCACCAUCAGCAGAUUCAGAUUUCUUUUUUUUAAUAUUGGCUCACACGUAUUAAUCGUAUUAACCCAAUUUUCGUGAUUUAAACCCUGCGUUCGUUUAAGUGGUGGUUAUGAAAGUUAUAAUUGGCUUUGACUAAUGGUUUUGCUCCGUAAAUUACGCCCUAUAGUUGGCCAGAUUAGGAUAUUUAUCGCAUUUUUCUGCCACUGUUGGAGUUUAGCGCUGUUCAAAAUUCUCUAGUAAACUGACAAGUAGCUAAGGUGAGCUAUUAGUUUUAUUAAAUUUCUGUUGAAAUUAACUCAACAUCUUCUGGGCGAUUGAUUGGAUUGGAACACGACUUCGUUAUAAAAUUGUUUCCAAGUUUUGUGUGACUUUCAUCAUUUUGUUGUCUUAAAAAAGGAACGGACGCAAAAAGAUUUAUGUAUGUACAUUGAAGCAAUUUUUUGUUUUAUUUAUAAUCACAAUAUUUUUAUAAUUGAUAAAUCUUGCUGGCUGUUUUUUGAUCAAGUGAAAAAAACACGUUGAAAACAAGGCUUUCAAAAUAAUUAAAAAUUUCUGCUUCUAUGCAAAUGGACUCAUUUCUCAUGACAAAUAAACCUAAUUUUCGUGAAA